GUGAGAAGUGAGCAGCAGUAACUUUUGUCGCGUGAGCUGGAAGCAAGAUUCAGCAGGCCUGCCAUGGAGGACGACAAUGCUGGGCCUGCCCCCAGCCCUGAGCUCCUAUACCUGGGGCAGAAUUCCACCACGCGUCUGCUGGAGGUGUAUGUGAAACGCAGCCUCAGUCUGAACGACACCUGCGCCAGGAGGCAGAGGGUCAAGAAGACUCGAAAAUGGGUCAUCGUGGACAGCAAGGGCACACGCAUCAGGAAAGCAUCCAGUGACAGCUCCACACAUCGCCUGUCGCAACAAUCAAACACUGACCAACCCAAAGAGCCAUCCAAAGACACUGUCAGGGGGUCCAAGACUCAGGAAAUAAAGCGCAAAGUUACCAGAAAACCAUCUAUACUGAGAAGUUUUCUUAGUCUGUUCUCUAGGAAGACCAAUGAGGUUGCCAUCGCUCCAGUACCAGAGAGUCCUGGAUCUAGUGGGUCCAAUGACAGCUGCUUUACCUCAGAUCCAUGCCCUGCCCCUGUGCCCGAGAAGGUCCAUGAGGAGAAGGACAGGGCCAUACCACAUCGAGCCAAGUCCAUCAAAAAGAAGCUCUCUCUGAAGAAGCUCUCGUUCCGAAACCAUGACGCCGACAAAUCUGACUCAGUCAGGAGGCAGACCAGUCUGGCUACAGCCGAUGUGGUGCGCGUUAAAGAUGCCAUUGUCUGUGUGGAGCCCUCAACUGUGUACUUCGAGAAGGUAUCUGAGGAGCUGGAGCGUAUUGUGAAGGAGGUGAAAGAGAGCCCAGUAGAGGAGCACGAGGACCUCAGCCCUGCUGUACUGACUGAGGAACAGCCUAGUGAAGUGGUCACAGACUCCCCCGAAGACAUUAUUGAGAGAAUGGUGGCUAUCCUAAAGCAAGAAGGCGAUGUGAUUGAUGCAAAGAUUAGGAGGAACAACAGUUUGAGCUCCUAUUUCCAGUCGCUCAACUACAACAGCUUCAAGCAACUUGCAGAUCGCUACGUGGCAGCCAUCCCCGAUCCGCUACCUCAGAGCACCGAGGCCCCCCCUCAGCUGGUGAAGCUGGCCUUCACCCUGGACUUUACCGCCAAGGUGGCUGGGCUCUCUAAUCAAGCUGUCAGCCGGGUCAUGGGCUUCGGGAACAAGUACAUACAGGACCGCUUUACCCAAAUCACAAGUGGCAACCACCAGGAGCUGGCAUCUCAGAAUGCAGAGGACCUAAGCCUGGUGGAUCCAGACUGAACACUGUGAACCGCUAUACAUACUGCCAAUCCAGUGC